AUGGAUUCCACUGCCCCCCUGUACUGCACCCAGCCUUGCAGAGAGGGCUGUGUUUGCAACAAAGGCUACAUUCUCAGCGGAGCAGUAUGUGUGUCCCUGAGACAGUGCGGCUGCACGCUGAAGGGUCAAUAUCACCAGCUGGGAGAGGAGGUGAUCCUGACAGACACUUGCAGCAGGAAAUGCAGCUGCCGGCAGCCUGCCCAGCCCAUGCAGUGCCAGGAUCAUGCCUGUGGGGCUCUGGAGACAUGCCGCGUUGUGGAUGGCAGCCGAGGCUGUUACCCUGUGAAAUAUGGCACCUGCUGGGUGUUUGGCCACCCCCACUACACCACUUUUGACGGAGUGAUGUUUGAUUACCAAGGAGCCUGCAAAUACACCCUGAGCAAAUACUGUGGACCCCCUGGGAAACUCCCCGACUUCACCAUCAAAGUAGAGAAUGUGCACAGGGGCUCCAUUGCAGUGUCCUGGACGCACCUGGUAGAGCUAGAUGUCUAUGGUGAGCGUAUUUCUAUAGCAGCAGGACAGUAUGGCCAGGUGCAGGUGAAUGGAUCCCUGGUCAAUCUUCCCCUGGUCCUUGCAUCGGGUAAACUCUACGCCUAUUUCAGUGGCUCAUCUGCUGUGGUUCAGACGGAUUUUGGCCUUUCUGUAUCCUAUGACUGGUCCUACUCUGUGCUAGUUUCUGUUUCUGAAGCCUAUUCUGGGUUCCUCUGCGGACUUGGUGGAGACUUCAAUGGGAACCGGAGCGAUGAUUUUCGAACCCCAAGCGGCUCUGUGGUCCAUGACGCUGUCACCUUUGGCAAUAGCUGGAAGGAUGCCGACUCCUCCUUUCACUGCACGGCCACUGGGCUCCCAGCCCCAUGUAACGAAGUAGAGCUAGUCCAGUACAGAGCUCAGCACCGCUGCGGGGUUAUCACAGACACUGCCGGGCCUUUUAGAGCGUGUAACAAGCCUGCUGAGGCUCAGGUUCACGUAGAGAGUUGCGUGAGGGAUGUGUGCGCGACUCGGGGCAGCCACGAGAUCCUGUGUCAAGUGCUCCGCAGUUAUGCCCAGCAGUGCCAAAGCCGCGGCAUUGCCAUUGAGCCGUGGAGACAGCGGGCUGCGUGUGAGUUAAUCUGCCCCCCCAACAGCCACUAUGAGCUCUGUGGACCUUCCUGCCCGGCCUCUUGUGCCCACCCAGCUGUGCCCUCUCGCUGCCGGACUGGGUGUGAAGAAGGGUGCCAGUGUGACCCCGGCUUUGUGCAGAGUGGCACUGACUGUGUGCCUCCAGAGCAGUGCGGCUGCACCCACAAUGGCAGAUACCACCUAGCAGGGGAAAGCUUCUGGGAAGGAGAAAAUUGCCAGAGAUUGUGCAGAUGUGACGGCUCCUCCCACGCUGUCCAGUGCUCCCGCUCUGCCUGUGCCCCUGGGGAAUUCUGUGGCACUCGAAAGGGGGCUUAUGGGUGCCAUGAGCGAACCAACGGCAUCUGCUGGGCUUCUGGUCUGCCCCAUUACACUACGUUUGAUGGGAAGCAAUACAAUUCCCAGGGCACCUGCAAAUAUGUGUUUGCUGAACUGUGUGGGGCAUCAAAGUCCUUAUCCUUCUUCAGAGUGGAAGUGAAGAACGGAAACCUGCCCCAUGUUCCUGUGGCUGUGACCUCGGAGGUGUUUGUCCUUGUGAACAAGACUGAGAUCCAUCUGCAGAGAGGGCAGCACGGGAUGGUCAAGUCCAGUUUAAAGGCAGUUUAUAACUAA